GAGACUGACCGGGAGGCGGGCGGUGCCAGCCGCCGCCGGGCCUUUAAACCGUCCCCCUCCCCCGUCCCGCCCGUCACGGACGGCGGGGAGGGAGGGGCCCCGAGCUUAAAUGCCGCCCCGGGGCAGCGACCUGCCUUUUUUUUCGCUCGGCCCCAGCCCGGUGCCCCUGCCCUCCCGCCGGUCCCGCCCCGGGCUGCUAUGGCGAGGCGCCGGGCCGGCGAGAGGCGAUGAUGGGCGGCCAUGGCCCGAGCCGGCGGGGGCUGCGGCGGGGCCCGGCCGGGGGGUCGCGGGGGGCCGGACCCCCGGGAACUGUCUCUGGAGGAAGUGCUGAAGUCCUACGAGCAGCCCCUCAACGAGGAGCAGGCCUGGGCCGUGUGCUACCAGUGCUGCGGAGCGCUGCGGCGGGAGCGGGCGGCGGCCGCCGCGGCGGGCCGGAUCCGGGACACGGCCGACGUCCUCCUGCACAAAGACGGCGCCGUGAGCGCCCGGACGGAGCCGGACCCCGUCGAAUCCUCACAGACGGUGUCACCACCGGCCAACACUGAAGCGCAGAUGGUGCAGUCUCUGGGCUUUGCCAUCUACCGAGCCCUGGACUGGGGGCUGGAUGAGAGUGAAGAGCGGGAGUUGAGUCCCCAGCUGGAGCAGCUCAUCGAUCUGAUGGUUAACAGUGACUGCGAGGACAGCAGCUGCGGGGCGGCCGACGAGGGCUAUGGCGGCCAGGAGGAGGAAGAGGAGGCGGCGGGCGAGGGCGGCCCUCGAGCCGUGCGCACCUUCGUACAGGUGAUGAGGCUGUGUGCGGCCCGCCUGACCGACCCCCGGGAGGCUCAGGCCCACUACCAGGCUGUGUGCCGGGCCCUCUUUGUGGAGACCGUGGAGCUGAAGGCCUUUCUCACCAAGAUCCGGGAGGCCAAGGAGAUGCUGCAGAAGCUGAGGGAGGAUGAACCCAAGACAGAGAAGCCUCCGGCUGACCUCGAUAACCUGCGGAACACGGAUUGGGCCCGGCUCUGGGUACAGUUAAUGCGGGAGCUGCGCCAUGGGGUGAAGCUGAAAAAAGUGCAGGAGAAGCAGUUCAACCCUCUGCCCACCGAGUACCAGCUGACGCCCUUCGAGAUGCUGAUGCAGGAUAUCCGGGCUCGCAAUUACAAGCUCCGCAAAGUCAUGGUUGAUGGUGACAUUCCCCCCAGGGUGAAGAAAGAUGCCCAUGAACUCAUCUUGGAUUUCAUCCGUUCUCGGCCUCCCCUGAAACAGGUGUCAGAGAGGAGGUUGCGGCCGAUGCCCCAGAAACAGAGGACCCUUCACGAGAAGAUCCUGGAAGAGAUAAAACAGGAAAGAAAGCUGCGUCCUGUAGAGUCUUCUUCCUGGAAUACCAAAGGCUUCGGAUCCCUGCCCUGCCUGCUCAAUGCCUGCUCCGGUGACGCCAAGUCCACGUCCUGCAUCAACCUGUCUGUCUCAGAUUCCGGCAGCAGCCACAGCAGCGGCCAGCGCCCGAGGCCCCGCGUCCUGCUCAAGGCCCCCACCUUGGCUGAGAUGGAAGAGAUGAACAUUUCCGAGGAAGAGGACUCUCCAAAUGGGGAGAUGAAGAGGGCGACCAGUACACUGUUACCCCUGAAGCGUGACCGCUCCUUCUCGGAGCAGGACCUGGCCCAACUCCAGAGCGAGAUGGCCGCCGGCCUCCAGCCCAACAGAGGGCUUGUGGGAGCGCAGAAGCCGGAGCCGCGACCACGCUCAGGUAGCAUGUAUGCUGCAAGGCCGGAAACCAGAGAUCAGGGUUCAUUCCCCGUUAACCCCCAGGGCCUGCCCAGCACGAUCUCUCCCGCACACAGCUCCCUUGGGGCCGUGGAGGAGAGGCCCGGGGUUAGUUGGGGCUCCGACAGCCGCUCCAAACACCUGUGGUUGGAGUUCAGCCACCCUGUGGAGAGUCUGGCCCUCACAGUGGAGGAAGUAAUCAACGUGCGCCGAGUGCUGGUGAAGGCUGAGAUGGAGAAGUUUCUGCAGAACAAAGAGCUUUACAAUGGCCUGAAGAAAGGAAAGAUCUGCUGCUGCUGUAGAACCAAGUUCCCUCUGUUUUCCUGGCCUUCAAAUUGCCUCUUCUGCAAGAGAGCUGUCUGCACCUCCUGUAGCAUAAAGAUGAAGAUGCCUUCAAAGAAGUUUGCACACAUUCCUGUCUACACUCUGGGCUUCGAGAGCCUUUCGGGCUCCGCAGCUGCCAAAGCAAUGCUGACCCGGAGGAGAGAUGUCUUCCAGUCCCUGCAGGGGACACCAUGGAGGAGCGUGGAGGACGAGUUCCCCCACAUCUACACGCACGGCUGCAUCCGGAAAGAUGUCUGCAAUGACUGCACCGGCUUUGUGGCCGACGUGAUCAGCUCCAGCAGGAAGAGCGUGGACAUCCUCAACGCCAGCCCUCGCAGGGGCCGCCAGACCCAGUCCCUCUACAUCCCUCCCACCUGGACGGCCGAGCACAACUGACCCACCGUCUCCACCGCUUGCUCCACCUGGGGUGACUCGCAGGGCUGAGCGGCCCGGGGCCGGGAUCCCCAGAUGUUCAGUGUCGUGAACCUUUCUGUAAGUCAACCCCGGGCUCCCUACGGACGUAUAUCCCAGCUCCAGAUUCAAGUCAAGAUGGUACACCUUCUGCACGGCUCCCCCAGCCUCCACCGUUCUGCCCCCCGUGUUGGUGGAAUCACUCUGCUCAGAGUUGUGCGUGUACAUAUAUACAUAUAUAGAUACGUUUAUAUACAUAUUUACACAGCCUAUAUAUUUAUAUACAUUGUUUACCAGGCAGUGGGAGUUCCUUUCCGCUAGGGACUCACCGCGAUGUGCUUAAGGCCCUGGGCAGCCUCUGGCAGAAGAGGGGCCUGUGCCCCUUCCACGGGACCGUGAGGAAGACCCAUUCUUCUCUAUCUCUGAGAUGAGAUGAGGGGGUCGGGGUGGAGAAAGGAAGGGUUUUUCUGAGUAUUAAUAGGAGUAGAGCAGAGGAUCCAGACCUAGAACUUGCCGGUGCCAUUCUACCACCCAGUUGGAGGGAACAGUGACUGGCUUAAUCCUCCCCUAGGUGGUUCAAGGUCGUCCUCUCUCCACGUCUUCCUUGCGCAUGCCUGUCUGUAAAAAGACCCCUCCUCCCCGGGGGAUUAUCACUGCGUGGGAGUCCCUCGGUGAAGUGACACCUCUCAGCCCCAUUUGCUUUCAUUAAGGCCCCAACCCUAAGGGAAAGGAGCUCUUGGGCCUCUUAGAGUAAUGGAGCCUUCCUAUUAGCUUUUCAUACCUGGGCAAUAUUCCGUCCUCCCGCAGGCUCAGCUGCUAGCUCUUGGCUUUCUCAGAGCUUCCCUGGCUCUGGAAAAGGGCAAGAGGGAGAUGGGGUGAGAAGUGGGCAAGGGCUAACGAAGAUCUGUCCUCACCCUCCCGCCUUCAUCAUCCAGCGGGCCCCUAGAAGGGACAUGCGUAGAGUAUUCCUUCAGCACCUCCGUCUGCUCUAGUGCCUCCUAACAACGAGUGAGUCUUCGGGGCAGAGACAAGGGGAGCUGCCGGCCUCCUCUCCCUUGCAGUUGGGAUGGCUUCUCCCUUCUGCUUUCCCGGGUUUCAUUUACAGCCCAGAUCCAGAGCUUUGCUUACUAUGGGUCCCACCUCCCUCCUUGCUUCUCUGCAAUUUUCCCCGAAGUCUUUUACUCUCUGUCCCAUAGAUCUCUGCUGUCUCUCAGCUCUUUCCGCCAUCCGGGUUUCUUGGCGUCCCCGGCACUUCAUCUCUCGCUCUGGCCCGGCAGCGCUCUGUGCUCCAUACCUUGUGGAGGGGCUCGACGGUAUUUAUUUAGAUGCCAGUUUCAUAUCAGACAUUUGGCUGUGAAUGGGUAUUUAAUGUCGCCGAGCAGCUGAGAUGAGAAGCUGGGGAAAGCUUUUCAUUUUUCCACAUUAGGAAGGGGCACACGGCUCAACACUGUGGCCGUGAAUCCUCUGCAGAGCGAAAGUAGGACUCAGAUAAGGCAAAGCUCUCGGGAAGUUGGGCACAUCACUGAAUCUGUGCCUGUCCAAGAAGGCAACCAAUAUACUCUUCCUCCAGGGGUUCUUGGUGACCCUGUGGGAAACAGAGGGGUGGCCUGGAUGUCCCUUAGGAUCGCUCAGUUCUCAUGACCACGCCUCCACUCUUGUCCCUCCCGUCAGCCAGGAUCCUGUGUUCUAAGUAUUAGGGUUGGAACUUGCUCCCUCGGUGAUAAAAGUGGUUCGUAACAACGCGAAAACAUUCCCGCGGCUUCGGGAAUGGAGUUUUUAGAUGCAGGCACGUCGGAAGUCGUGGACAAACCUAACCUCCUCCACAAAUGCAACUCCAGAGGCUGCCGUGUCCAAGAUCAUAGGAAAGUCAGAAGGCCUUCAGGAAAGUCGCCCCAUGCCUUGGACCUCGACCUAGGACUCCUUCAGGAGGAGAAACCACAUCUGCCAAGAAGACUUCAUAUCGCCUGGGGAUCAGUUACCCUACCUUGAAAGGCUUUCAUCUCCCUCCUCAUCGCAUUACCCUCCGACUCCCACCCCGCGCCUGGCCGCCCUUGGGUCUCAAUCUCCUUCAUUUUACCACAGACACUCUCUACCGCCAAGCAGGAGCCUUGGUGCCUGUGUGGUUGUGACCAGUAACGGGAUCGUGCUAGAGAAAUGUAUCACUGUAAAUACUGACUUCAUGGGCUCUCCUUCUCUGUACAUAAAAGCGUUCCCAGUGUAAUAAAGAUCUACUGGCUUGGGCCAUAUCA